AUGACCAAUCCUGUAUUCGAUUGUUUUCAAUCUUGUUUGGCAAAUAUAUCAUCCGGUCAGGAAUUGGUACUAUUUAAUAAUGAAUCGUACGAUUUAGGUUGUAUUGGUCAAUGUUCAAGUGCUCACACUCAAUCAUACGCGGAUACAAGUCCAAAAUAUACUCUUAUUAUUCAAAUUAUUAGCGUUGUUCUAAUUACAUUUGGUUUAUUUGGUAAAGUAUUUAAUUGUAUCAUAUUUUUACGUAAACCGUUGCGUGGAACAUCAACCGGUUUGUUAUUACUAUUAAAAACAAUUUUCGACACAUUACCAUUAUUAUGUACUUUUAUUUUCGACACAAAAUUUUUUUUAAAAGAUGAACAAAUGAAUAGUUCAAGAAUAACUUGUUUACUUGCACGAAGUAGUGAUAUAUUUGUAUCAUGGUCAAUCGGAUUUGUUGUUUUAUGUUGUUUGACACGUGUUAUUACUAUUGUUCAUUCGACACGUUUACCACAAUGUACACGUUUACAUGUAUUUUUAUUAAUUAUUCUAAUGAUGAUAUGUGGUGCAUGUUAUAAUUGGCAUGUUUUCUAUUAUAAAAGUUUACAAAAACAUAAAGAUCAAGAUUUUACCUAUUGUAAUGUGAUAUUUGGUCGACAAAUUGGCUAUUUUUCGUUUAAUGGUUUUGAACCAACGGCCGAUCUAUUAUAUAAUGCACCAAUUGUUAAUUUUGUUGUCUCAUCAUUAAUUCCAUUUACAAUUGUUGCUAUUACAAAUAUAAUUAUUAUUAAACGUGUUUUAAAAAGUCCUACAACAAGAUUAUCAAAAGUUGAUCUUCAUCGAAAUGGUGCUAUAUCUUCAUCAUCAUCAUCAUCAAAAUCAUCAUCACAAAAACGUUUUUCACGUUCAGAUCCGAAUCGUUCAUCAUUAAGGCAUAUUAUAACAAAGAAAGAUGUUAGUUACGAAACAACAAUAACAUUAACAACAAGUUGUGUAUUUUUAACUACAAAUAGUAUUGCAAGUAUUUAUGUCUAUGUUAAAACAUCUCGACGUGCACCAAGAAAUAUUAUACAUGAUGGUGCAAAACUUACAGAAGAUGUUAAAACAUCAAAUGUCUAUUUAAUAUUACGUAUGUUAACAUUAUUGGAUACAGUUUUAGAAUUUUAUAUCUAUUUUUUAACGGGUAAAAAAUUUCGAAAAGAAUUUUUUCAUGUUAUCGGAGAAAUAUUACAACAUUCACCAUUACGAAAAUAUUUUAAAUUUAAACGAACAUCUGCCAGUACUAAUAAUACAUUACCAAUAAUCAAAGAAAAUAAACAGAAUAAAAAUGUGAAUUCAAAUGGUAAUAUAUUAAAGAAUAACACAAUAAUUAAUAGUAAAUUUAAAACGUCAAUUAUCACAUGUAAUGGAAAACAAGAAAUGUUAGACAGAAUUGAGAGUACUGUGUAA